AUGGCCGACAGGGCUUCGAGACCGGUGCCUCCACCCGGCGCCCCGCGACGAGCGGUCCGGCGCAAUCUAUUCCAAGGUCUCACGAGGCGGGCGACGGGUACCACGGGGCAACCCAUCGCUUCGACGGCCGUCGCGGGCGUGGGAUCGCUGUCCGCCGCAGCUGCGACGAUUGGGACUGGAGGAUCUGGCGCCGGCGGCGGUUCUUCGGCCGGUGGUGGCGGCGGUGGCGGUGUUGGUAACGCCGGCGAGACGCUCCGCCUCGACAUCGACGUGCUCUCUGACGGCGGGCCGCCCUCCGCGAUGGGACCUGCGGAGAUUGUAGUGCGCGACGAGCACGGUGAGAUUGAGCUCGGGGAGCUGCCGACGCUUGUGUUUGACGAGGCCGAUGAGGCGGCUGCCAUGGACGAUCGGGAGGAGAGCAAGAAAGAGCGGCAGCGGCUCGCAGAGGCGGUGAAGCAGCAUCAGGUCAACCAUACCGCGGUCCGUGAGCAGCCUGAAGAGCUGCUCGAAGCUGUCAAGGCCAGUCUACGGGCCAAGGUCUCGGCCCUCGCCGACGAUAAUUGGAUGUACGAGGCCGAGCCGGAGCUGCCCCGUAGCUUCUGA